AUGCCACGAGAAGCCAGUGACGACGUGACUCGUGAUAAUUGGACUAGACGAUUUUCGAAGACGGUGCUCGCAAACCUCGUCCCGUUCCGGAAAGCGGUGACAAGUGACGAGGUGAAGUCGCCGCCACAGUCAAAGGUGCGACGUCGGGCAAGCGCGGCGCCAGACGUUCUGCUGACGACCGGUGUCGGCGCCCACAACAUAGCACCAGAAAUCAGCGCUCUACACAAACUACGACAACGGAGACGUAGUGCUGACCGGAUAUACGCACUCAAGAGCAAUCAGGAGCAUGUGAGUGCGCCUUCUGCGGGAGAUAAUAAGACUACCGAAAAGUCCUCGAAGUCGACAUCCAGUUCCAGCAACAAGAAGUCACCAAAAUCAGUUGCAGUUAGCACAGCGAAGCCUUCUUCGUGUACCCCUCGUGCUCCAGUUAUAAUGAACAACGGAGGACAGCAAGCGCCAUCAGGAGCUGCUGUUGCGCAACCAAGCCGCCAUUCUUCGGCGGCUCAGCCUCCUCACUCCUCUUCAAGCCGCUCUCAUCAUACUGGCACCGGGUCUUCACAACAUGCGUCUCACUUGCGUCCUUCAGCGGGUAUGGGAUCAUCAAGUCGAUCAGGGGGACGUCGACCACCAGACGAUCCUCAUGUUGGGAAGUAUAAGCUGCUCAAAACCAUCGGCAAAGGAAAUUUCGCCAAGGUCAAACUAGCCAAGCAUACAAUUACGGGUCAAGAGGUUGCUAUCAAGAUCAUCGAUAAAACAGCGUUGAAUCCUAGCAGCUUGCAAAAACUUUUCCGCGAGGUGAAAAUUAUGAAGCAGCUCGAUCACCCUAAUAUUGUUAAACUAUAUCAAGUUAUGGAGAAUGAACAAACACUCUAUCUUGUUCUCGAGUAUGCUUCAGGUGGAGAAGUUUUUGAUUAUUUGGUUGCACAUGGAAGAAUGAAAGAGAAGGAAGCUCGAGUGAAAUUUCGACAAAUUGUCUCUGCCGUUCAAUACCUACAUUCAAAGAAUAUCAUACAUAGAGACCUGAAAGCAGAAAAUCUGUUGCUAGAUGCCGAUAUGAACAUAAAAAUUGCAGACUUUGGAUUCAGCAAUCAAUUUACUUUAGGGAAUAAAUUGGAUACUUUUUGCGGGUCUCCUCCAUAUGCUGCUCCUGAGCUGUUCCAAGGAAAAAAGUACGAUGGUCCUGAAGUUGACGUGUGGAGUCUGGGUGUUAUUCUCUACACUCUCGUUUCCGGAAGUCUCCCUUUUGAUGGGCAAAAUUUAAAGGAACUACGCGAGCGCGUACUACGAGGGAAAUAUCGUAUCCCUUUCUAUAUGUCGACUGAUUGUGAGAAUUUGCUUAAGAAAUUCUUAGUUCUGAAUCCCGCUCGACGUGGGACUUUGGAAACAAUUAUGAAAGAUAGAUGGAUGAAUAUCGGUUACGAAGAUGAGGGCGAGUUGAAGCCUUAUGUCGAGCCUCCAAAGGACCAAAUUGACGAAGCAAGGAUAGAGAAAUUGAUUCAGCUCGGCUUUAAUAAAGGUAGUAUUCUGGAUGCGCUGGAGAAGGAGAAAUUCGAAGAUAUUCAUGCGACAUAUUUGCUGUUGGGCGAACGGAAAUGUGAGAUGGACGCUGGUGAUCUAGCCCUGGCUCAGCAGGCCGUCACGCACUCGACACACAACGUCUCGUCGGGUAUCGGCUCACAUGCUGUUGGCACCAAUACUGCUUCGGUGGCCACGUCGACGCAGUCGCCUUCCAAGUACUCACGGACCUCAUCAGCACAAACGUCCAGUGCAGCACCAGGCAGUUCCACUGCGAACACCACUGUCCCUCUUCCGAAGCAACCUUCACGACGAAGCAGCCAAAAUGACACCGCGUCAUCGAACAGUCAGCAGACUUCUCAACCAUCGUCAUCCGCUAGAGCACAGGUUCAAAUGCGACAACAACCUACAUCGAGACAUGCUGCGAUGAGCAUGGUUCCAGCUACAUACCAAACUGGCAAUGCUGAUGGGCACAGAGAUUACCUGGCGUCAUUCACUCGUGGUGGUACGUCUUCAACAGUUUCUUCGGGGUCGCGAAAAUCCAGCGAUCCAAAGGGGCGUGUUCCGAUUAAUCUAGGAGUUCGAGCUGCAGGACAACGGACAGAUGGCUCCUCGUCGGCACGCUCGGCGCACCCUUCUAGUGGCAUCUCGGCCACCUAUCAAAUGCCAACCUCAGCUUCUUUGAUAGGAAAGUUACCCAUUACUGGUAACAAUUCGGGUGCCGGUGCAAAUGCCACUCCACAACUGAAAACGCCGGCGGCUAUUGCUCAGGUUCCCAUUGCUUUACAGAAAUCUGGCUCACAAAUUUCUCACGCACCAACAGAGCCUGUGAUAAAGGAGGAUGAAGACGAGAGCAGUGAGUCAUCGACUGGCGGAGCUAAUGGUGUGACCACAAUAACUCAUCUACCGAUUAUCGGAGGAGCACCAGUGGCCCAGAGUCCUUUACCGCCUGUUGAAGACAUCUCUGCUGAUAUGAAGACCUCGAUAUCCGUUACGCCCGAAAGAGAGCACAAGCCGUCGCUGAUCCACCAAAGUCCUUCGAUGCCACCAACGAUAUUGAAAGCGAUGGGAGAACUGACCGUACGUGGUGCCUCGUCGACAAGUGGAGAUCGAGGAGAAUCCCCGAAGAUGACCAAAUCUGCUACCGGUAACCCCCUCAUUGCCACUCCACCACCGUCCACUGCCACUCCUCCUGUAUCUACCCCAUCUCAGACUUACGCGCCCGCACCCGCUCUUCAGACUUCCGUGACUCCUGAACAGCGACCGAGUGUUGCUGCCACUACAACGGUCAACGCUGCUAACGCCACAGCCUUUCCGCGUAACACACGAAAUCGUCAGACGUUCCACGGGAAGACCGACUACAACAAGGUUAAUGGAGAGGAAGAAGAAUCAGAAACUGAACAAGCUCCUGCCGGACAGUCAAUCGGCAACGGUCAAAAAGGAGGGUUCUUUCUCUCGAAACUGACGAAGUUGACCAGGCGCCCGUCAGUGGUCACUGGAGGACACUACCACGAGAGUGGAUCUGGUUUGCCACCACCUUAUUCGGCUCUUCGCAGGGGACCUCACGAAGGAGCUGCCACUCCAGCUUCUGGGCAGCCGCCGUCGAGAGCUGGAACAGUUGGUGUGAGCGCUGGUGCUCCAGUUGCGGGAGCACUCUCACAGAUUCGCGAAGGACAUACAGCAGCUCCGGGUGGUACUGCUACUCCUCCUUCUGGUCGAGAGGAUGAGAUAAAACCUCGAAGCUUGAGGUUUACUUGGAGCAUGAAGACCACUAGCAGCCUUGCUCCGGAUGAAAUGAUGAGAGAAAUCCGAAAAGUGCUCGAUGCGAAUAAUUGUGACUACGAGCAACGUGAACGGUAUCUGAUUCUAUGUGUGCACGGCGAUCCCAACGCCGAUUCACUGGUACAGUGGGAGAUGGAGGUUUGCAAACUUCCCCGUCUCAGUCUGAACGGAGUGCGCUUCAAGCGAAUUUCGGGCACUUCGAUCGGUUUCAAGAAUAUCGCAUCUAAGAUUGCACAGGAGCUCAAUUUGUAG